GGCUGGAGGGGCUCGGCUUCCCUCCCUCCCUCCGUCGUCAGCGCGCGAAUGGCGGUCGGGGCCGGGAGGCGGCGGGCGUCCGGGACACUGCGAUGGCGCCAGCCGGGACCUGCGGCUGACCAUGUCGACUGAGGGAGCGGCGUCAUGGCCGAGAGCAGUGGCAGCGUGCGGGCGGUGAAAGUGUGGCGGGAGGCGGCGCUUCGCUGCAGGAAACUCCGCCGCAACCUCCGGCAGCUGAGCCUGUGCAGCGCCAGCGAGCAGCGCCUGGCGCUCCCGGACAACAUCGGCCAGGUACAGAUACUGGACCUGGCCAACAACUCGCUGCGGGAGCUGCCCGACGGCCUGGACGCCUCCCUUACCCGGCUGCGGGCGCUGAUCCUGCGGAGGAACCGGCUGUGCCGCCUGCCCGCUCCCAUCUGCGCGCUGGACCAACUGGCCGAGCUGGACCUGGCGCACAACUGCCUGGCCCAGCUUCCCGGCGAGCUGGGUCGGCUGCAGCGCCUCCAGAAACUCUGCCUGAGCCACAACAAGCUGCAGCUGCUGCCGCUGCAGAUCGGAGCCCUGCACGGCCUGGAGGAGCUUGACAUCAGCUUCAACGAGCUCAGCCAGCUGCCGCCCAGCUUCGGGCAGCUGCAGAAGCUGCGGACCCUGGACCUGGAUCACAACCGGCUGACCACCUUCCCGCAGCAGAUCCUGCGCCUCGGAAACCUUGAGGAGCUCGACUUCUCCGGCAACAAGAUCGAGGCCCUGCCUCAGGACAUCAUGCAGCUGCGCUCAAUGAAGAUCAUGUGGCUGAGCAGUCUGCGGCUCUCGGACUUGCCAGAUACCUUCUGCCAACUCACGGAGCUGGAGAGCCUCAUGUUGGACAACAACACCUUGCACUCCCUACCCGAGAGUUUCGGCCGCUUGGACAAGCUCAAAAUGAUCAACCUGUCUUCCAACCUUUUCGAGAACUUCCCCAGUGCUCUGUUGGAGCUGGUUAAUUUGGAGGAGCUGUAUUUGAGCAGGAACAAGCUCUCCGUGAUCCCGCAGAAGAUUUCGAACAUCUCCAAGCUGGCCACCCUGUGGCUAGACAACAACAAGGUGCGUUACCUGCCCGACUCCAUCGUCAGCUUGUGCCACCUGGAGGAGCUGGUACUUCAGGGCAACCAGAUUGCCAUCCUGCCCGACUCGUUCGGCAAGCUCUCCAAGGUCAGCCUGUGGAAGAUCAAAGACAACCCUCUGAUCCAGCCACCCUACGAAGUCUGCAUGAAAGGCAUCCCCUACAUAGCCGCCUAUCAGAAGGAGUUGGCCCUGUCACAGCCAGCACUCAAACCUCGGCUCAAGCUGGUGCUGAUGGGUGCGAAGAGCUCGGGCAAGACAUCGCUGAGACAGUGCCUGGUUGGAAGCCAGCCCACUCCCCCAACCCCUGCCGCGCAUAGUAACGGCAUCGAGAUGACCCAGUGGGUGGCCGAUGCCGAGAACAACCUGACCUUCAUUGUCUACGAUCUGGCGGGGGAUCCCAACUACGACUCCAUCCGCCCGUUCUUCCUCUCUCCUGGCGCGCUCUACGUCUUGGUGGUCAGUUUAAAAGCCUAUGAGCCCCGUCGCUUCUACGAGCAGGUGGGCUAUUACCUCCACUUGCUCGGGGCCAGGGUCCCUCACGGCGUGGUGUGCGUGGUGGGGGCACAGGUGGACGAGUGCAGUGACAGGGAAGUGGAGGAGAAAUGCUUGGACAUCCACCAGCAGAUCGCCGUGCAGGAGAAGCGUGACGUGGACUGCCUGCAGGCGGUAGCCAGGAAGGUGGACGCGGCUCUCAGGCAGGGCCAGGGCUCGGAUCUGCGGGCCACCAGCCCGCACGCUCCCUUCUACGGGGUGUCCGACAAGAACCUGCGGAGGAGGAAGGCGCACGUCCAGUACCUGCUCAACCACCGGCUGCAGAUCCUGUCUCCGGUCAUCCCGGUCAGCUGUCGUGGACACCUCGCCGGCAUCGGCCGCGUGAAAGACAAGCUGCUGUCGGUGGCCGAGCAUCGGGAGAUCUUCCCCAACCUGCACAGGGUGCUGCCGAGGUCCUGGCAGAGGUUGGAGGAGCUGCACUUUAAGCCCCAGGAGCUGUGGCUGUCGUGGUGGGACUCGGCGCGCCUGGGUCUCCAGGCCGGGCUCACCGAAGAUCGCCUGCAGAGCGCCCUGUCCUACCUACACGAGAGCGGGAAGCUGCUGUACUUCGAGGACAGCCUGACCCUCAAGGAGUGCGUCUUUCACAACCUGACCAAGCUGAUCGACAUCCUCAAUGUCUUCUUCCAGCGCGACGCGUCGCUGCUGCUGGGCAAAGUGCUGGCGGACACCCGGCUCGACGAGCUGAGGGUGGCCCAGCUGCAGCACUUUGUGGAGGGUUUCCUGCUGCACGGCCUCCUCCCCUUGCACGUUGUCCGGCUGCUGCUGAAGCCUCACAUCCAGACACAGCAGGACCUGCACCUGAUCCUCGAGCUGCUGGAGAAGAUGGGACUGUGUUACUGCCUCAACAAGCCCAAGGUGACGCCCGUGAACGGGGCGACGGUGUGGUUCAAAUUCCCGUGCUAUGUGAAAAAUGAGGUCCCCCACGCUGAGGCGUGGAUCAACGGUUUUAAUCUCUCCGGGCAGCCCAUCGCAGUCGAGCAGCUGCAGGUGGAGUACAGUUUCCCCUUUCUGUUCCCGCCAGGGCUGUUUGCGAGAUACAGCGUCCAGAUCAACUCUCAUAUUGUUCACCGCUCAGAUGGUAAAUACCAGAUCUUUGCUUACCGGGGCAAGGUCCCAGUGGUCAUCAGCUAUAAACCGUCUGAAAGCUGCUUGCAAGCGGACACCUUAUCUAUUGCCAGUCACGCCACCUUGCCUAAUAUUUGGACUGCAUGGCAAGCCAUAAUCCCUUUGGUGGAAGAACUGAAUAUGCUGCUCCAAGAAUGGCCGGGAUUAUUCUUUUCUGUGCAUGUCCUGUGUUCCAAGUGCCUUAAGAGAGGGUCGUCAAAUCCUCACACCUUUCCAGGUUUAUCUUCCCUCACCUUGCCCUUCCUGAAGUCCACAUCAGCUCUUUGGUCUUGUGUUGAAGAUUGUUGCUGUGACACCACUCAACUAGACGGGGAACUAUUGACCCAGUCCAGGCCUGAAGGAGUGACUGAGAUUAUCUGCCCGAAAAAUGGGGGUGAGCUUGUCGAUGUGGCCCUGGUAUAUCCCCCGACCCCCACUGUGAUCAGUCCCUGCUGUUGACGUUCAGCUAAGGCUUUUGUGAACAGUAGAGGAAUGUCCUUUCGUCCUUGGAAAUGUGAAGAGAAGAACUGAUUCUCUUUUACAGUAGAUUCAAAGUGGCUCCACAAUAGGCACAGUUCACCGAGGAUCUUGGACCUGACCAACAGACUGUCUCUACACAACACCUAGAAAGAGUCUGUACCCUCCUUUGGAUGAGGAACAGUGGAUUUUUAUCAUUUGAUAGCAGAUGGACCCACUAAAUCAAUUCUUCUGAUGGAUAAAUACAGUGUAUACAAUCUACAAAAUGCACAGGAGUUAUUCACCUAUGCCACUUCAACAACAUUUUCCAAAUCUGUGACUACUACCAAUGAGGAGGAGAGGCACAUAGGCAAACCAACAUCUGCAGAUUCUACUUGCAAGUCACCAACCUUCCUGACUUAGAAGUAAGUCACUGUUGCUUCAUCAUCGCUGGAUGCAAAUCCUCAAGCUCCGGGUCUAGCAACACUGUGCGAGUACCUUCACCAGAAAGUUGGCACUGGUUCAAGAAGGUGACUCCCCGCCACCUUCUCAAGGGCAGUGGAAGUUACGCAGUGAAUUUUGGCAUUGCCAGCAAUGCCCACGUCCUUAGAAAUGAAUAACUCAUAAGAAAGACACGCAAGUUCCACCAGCUAUUUCUGGAACAAGUGGCUCCUCAGGGAUUUUCUUUUGCAGUGUUUAAUAAAAGCCAUACUUAGUGUUGUAGGAAUAAAAUGCCAAAAGUAAUUUGUCUGUUCUUGGUUGGGCUCAGAUAACUGGGCAUCAUCACCGUUUUGUUUAAACUUCCUGCAGUUUUGUGACAAAACAAUCUAUUCACACCUCUUUCUUCCCCUUCAUUGGAACCAGUUUUAAUAAAGGCUCUUAAUUGGCCAUGAUUAACCUCCAUGAUCUUCCUGGGGGUGAAAAAUUGGAUUGAAAUAUCAACAGUAAAUUGUUUCUAUAUAUUUAUUGGGAGGUAUUAAUUUCAAUAUAAUUCUGGGGAACAUUUAUUUGAAAGUUACAUUUUUUAACAAAAAUAUAUCUCAAAAGCUGCAUUUUCAUUGGCAACACCCCUUCCCAAAGCACCCUGGUGAGGUAUGGGUCCUUCGUGUUCAGCUCAUCUCUAUGAUUGCACUCCGUCCUCAAGUCAGAAGCUUACGGGUUCAAGUGCCAUUUCAGAGAGCUGAGCGUAUGCAUCAGGCCAACUCUAACGGGCAGUACAGGACAGAGCCAUGCUAGAGCUGCCUUUUGCCAAAUGAUAUACAAAAUCCUCUUGGAUGAGUGGAGACAAUCCCAUGGUGUUCCUCGAAGAACGGAAGUUUCCUUGGUAUGCUGGAGAACACUUCUCCCUUCUGCCAAACAAAAAAUCCGAACUGCUCAUUCUUUUGGUGGUUGUGGAAUUUUGCUGUGUGAACAACGUAGGACAAGGUGGCCUACUCAAGACUGAUGACACUUCAGGUGGUGGUCUGUUGAAUGUGAAGCGUGUUGGGACAUCCCGAGAGCGUGAUAAGGCAGUACAUAAAGACAAGCUGUCUCCGCUCCAAAGGAAAUUGUAGACUGUGUAUGUUGAAUUAAAGUGUUUUCCUUGAUAUCAAUUAAUCUAAAAGGAGGCAGAAGGAGAAUCAGUGCAGCCUACAAAUAUCUUAUUUUUUAAAGUCUUGUUAAUAAAACAUGUAUUGCAAUGGAACUGAAACGUUUGCACAUCAGUCACCUUGGAUAUUUAACACUUAUUAAAAGAAUCAAUUGAAAAAGUUUUUGUUUUAAUUUU